UAUCCCACUGUCUUGGAACCGGCGUGCAGAACGAGAAGGCACAAACGAUAGCGUCAUGUGGAUUUAAGGCUUGAUUGUUGUUUUUCAUCCUUAGAAAUAAGUUGUCUUGCAACGACAAAAGCUAAACGAAACGCGCAGUUCGUUUUUAAAUGAGACAAUAUUGUGUCUUGGUAUUUAUUUCAAGUUUGGGAUCAGGAAUAGCGUGCUGUAAGUAACUCAAAUAAUUUACCACGUAGCGGUGAUACCAUUCAAGGAAAUGUAGACUUAUAUAGUUAUGGUUUGGGGCCAAUUCUUUGGAUCUAUCCCAUCAAGUUUGAUUCGGAACUGAGGACCACAGCUACGCAGAGUCGGGGGCGAACCGCUGAAAAGUUUCCCGUCUCGGCACGGAUCGAGGUCGUGACUGAGUCGGGUCCAAUCGCAAUUUUUACGUGCGGUAUUCUUAUCAGUUUUGGUCAUCCUUGGAGUCAAAAUGUGUACUACGCGUGUGAAAAGGGGUGGACAGCCCCAGGACGGACCGACACAUCUCGGUCUGAUUCGUGUGCUGUUUUUCUUCGCCGUGGUGUCGACCUGUGAAGGUUGCCCAGACAUGUGUUUGUGCGCCACACAGACUGUUAAAUGCCAAAAUCGGGACUUGGACUCAAUUCCACAACCAUUACCAGACAAUACUAAAUCCUUGUUUGUUACAGGAAACAACAUUACUAACCUCGGCGUGGAGUCGUUUCCUACCCGCCUUGAGCUGUUAACAGAUCUCUAUCUUAAUGGGAACGAGAUAAAAUCUGUGGAUUCAACGGUGUUUGACAAUUUGCCAAACCUUUUAAGGCUGGAUUUAACCAACAACAAAAUCCUGCACUUUAGCGCUAGAGCUUUCCCUGUAAACAAUACAUUGCAAGUCCUAAACCUCAGCAGUGCUUUCCACAACCGCUCCUCCCUGGAUGUACUCCUGAGUGUCCUGCAGAGUGGAAUCCUCUCACAGCUCACCAGCCUGGACCUGUCCAACAAUGACUUUGUCAUCUUCCCGGGGGGCAUAUUCACCAGCCUCCCCAAGAUGACUACCCUGAGCCUGCGAAAUGGCUCCCUCAUAGCUGUUCUGAACGGAACCCUCACUGGCCCCCCACUACGGGACCUGGACCUGAGGGACAACAGUUUGAGGGAGCUCCCCAACACCACCCUGGCAGAAUUCAGCCUCAAGCCCGGCCUACGAGUUCUCCUAGCGGGCAACCCCUGGCGCUGUGACUGCUUCCUGGAGGACCUGGUGGAGUGGCUGAAGGACUCGGAGCUAGUGACUGACCGGCAGAACCUCACCUGCGUGGACCCGGCCAACAUGAAGCACGUGCCUCUACUGAAGCUUGACGCUUCGCGGCUAGAGUGCAACUUUUCGGGCGACAUGAAGGGGGUCCUGGAGACGUCCUACGUGUUCUUGGGUCUGGUGCUGGCCCUAAUCGGGGUCAUCUUCUUGCUGGUGCUCUACCUAAACCGCAAGGGCAUCAAGCGGUGGAUGUACAACAUCCGUGACGCGUGCCGGGACCACAUGGAGGGCUACCACUACCGGUACGAGAUCAACUCGGACCCUCGACUAGCCAAUCUCAGCAUCAACUCUGAUGUUUAAGGGAGGUGGGGACACUGUCUUUGAUGCCCUGCAGUGAGCGAAAGGCAAUAUGUUAUUAUGGUCUGCAUGAGAGGGUGCUUGCUCUUGCUUCUCUUACUCCCUGUGGAAAUAACAGAAAACAAUUGUCUGCCAUGAUGGCGCCUUAAUCCCACCCCAAUAAAGAAG